UAAGGCUCCACCUUACCAGAGAGAGGAGGAUCACAGACUGGCAGACAUUGAAAUCAUAAGACUGGAAAUUACAAGUUUGCAAAGUCAUUGAACCCUAAGCUCACUUGUAGUCCAAGGGGAGCCAUGCAGGAUGAAGAUGGAUACAUCACUUUAAAUAUUAAAGCUCGAAAACCAGCUCUCACCUCAGUUGACUCUGCUUCCUCACCUUUGUGGCGUGUGAUGGCUUUGAUUCUACUGAUCUUAUGCGUGGGGUUACUUAUCGGGCUGGUGGCUCUUUGGAUGGUGUCCACCACAGAACAAAACUACCUACAAGUGGAGAAUAAAAAUUUCUCAGGAACUCUGCACCACUUAGCACAGCAGUUCUGCCAGUAUAUAAUAAAACAAUCAGAACAAAAGAGCAGUGUCAGCCAUAAAUGCAGCCCAUGUGACAGAAACUGGAGAUAUUAUGGCAACAGUUGCUAUGGAUUCUUCCGGCACAAUUUGACAUGGGAAGAGAGUAAGCAGUACUGUAUUAACAUGAAUGCCACUUUGCUGAAGAUCACCAGCCAGAACGUUCUGGAAUACAUGAAGUCCAGAACUGGAUUAAUUCGUUGGGUUGGAUUGUCCCGCAAGAACCCUAAUGAAGUCUGGAUGUGGGAAGAUGGUUCAGUGCCCUCCAGAGAUGUGUUUGAACCUUCUGGAAAUGGAGGAGACAAUAUGAAUUGUGCCUAUUUUUAUAAUGGGAAAAUUUACUCUACCUUCUGUAAUAACAAAAAUUAUUUAAUGUGUGAGAGGAAGGCAGGCUUGACAAAGGUGGAAACACUACUUUAAUGCAAACAGAUGGGAAGAAUGUCAUAGACAAGUGCUUGAUUGUACAAAGAUCUGAAUGAAGGACUCACUGGACAUAAAACUGUUUAUUUUUCCCUUUAUUCCCCUUGGUGUCAUCUUUACAUUAUCUUUUCUACCAACACCACUUCAUCUCUCUUUUAUGUAUCCCUUCAUACUAAGGGAUAACUUAGUUCCUUCUUUAUACAUCCAGAAACCAGUCUAUGAGUUGAUCAUUUGUUCUCAACUAUUCUAUAUCCAUAGAUUUUCUUUCUCCUUGUCUUCCCUUCACAAUGAUCUCAACACAGAAUGAUUCAGUCAUCUUCAGACAUAACCAUAUAAACACUUUAAAUUAGAACAAGAAAGAUUAGGGUUUCAUCAACCGAAACUGUGUCAAAUAUCUAAGUUUGAAAGACAACAUAAGGUAGUGGAAAGAAAACUAAACUUGGAAUCAGUAGAACAAUUUAGACUUGUACUUAACUAAAGUACAACCAUGGACCAAAUAGUAAUGUAACCUCUUUAACAUUCGUUUUCUCAUACUUCAAAUAGAAUAACACCCAGUAUUUCAUAUUUGCACAACCUAAGAAAAGGUCGGAGUACUAACUAUACCAGUAACUCCAUGAUGGCCAACACCAUGACUUUCCUAGAUGCCCAGCAUUGAGCAUUCCUUGUUGCUCACAGAAAACAAGAAAAUAGUCACUUUUCAUUGCAUGAGAAGGACCACCAUCUGUAAAACACUAAAAAAUUACAAUUUCAAUCCUGAGUCCACUUUGGUCAGACUCAACCUCAGUGAUUUUCUGUGCAAGGAAAAUAAAAGUUUCUGUAAAAGAGGCCUCAUGGGGUUUCAAAAUAAGAAAAUACUUCCUUAACAAGGCUCAUUGGCAAGUAAACAACACAGCAAGUAAAAAUAUUUUAUCUUUUCCUGACAGUUCUAUGCUUGGUGUUUUGCUGAGUAACUCCCAAAAUAUUUAUAGAUACGUGGAAAGACACCCUUUCACAGGAUAACAGUCAAAAAUUUCAUUUCUUUCCCACAUCUUUCUUGAAGUGACUCUCUUCUCUCACAUGAGUGGUAAUAACAUUUAUGAACAUAAUUCUCAAACAUAUCAACUGAGAGGUCUGGUAAACCAUGCAGAUGUUCAAACACAAAUACUCACGGUUUUCAGUUGGAAGGCUGAGGAGACACUGAGUUCUGUGUUUUCAAGAAACACUCCAACUCAAUUCUGCUACAAGCAGGUUUUAAUACAUUGUGAGGAAAAACUACAUGAGAACCUCCUCCUUAUGGGCUUUUGGUAAGUUCCUCUCAGUUUCCUCAUGUAUGAAAUGGGUUAAUAUUAUUACUUUACUCACAGCUAAUGAGAUCAUUUGGCAUUGAGCAGAGCACCAAGCAUGUAAUAAAUACUCAAUAAAGAUGUAUUAUUUUAUACCUUUGUGAACAAACACCCAGAGACCCUGGAAUAUUUAUCUUGUUUUAGACAAUCGAUAAACAAGCAGAUUUUGGAGGGACUGAGGAAAAAUAACACAAAUACCUCAGUUUCUGUUUCUACUUCAAAUGUCUUGAGAUCUUGGCUUUUGGGGGAUAGUAUUAUCAUUGUACUGUUUUCAUUUGUUGAUUUAGAGAAAUGGGAUAGGAACUAACCAUUGAGAAAAUCAUCCAAAAAUCAACCAUAUUUCUGGACUUUAGUGUUUUGUCACCCACAAAUGAAAAAAAAACAUAUUUACACAUCACUAUGGGACAAGUAAAUUUCAAAGAAUAAUAUCUUAGCUCAUGGCAAAAAUGCAAUUUAAAAAUGUAAACCAAUCAAACUGUGCCUAAAAAGAUCUUUUUCUGGUACUCAUAUCAAAAUCAUUUUAUACCUAAAAUCAGAAUAGCACAUAUUUUAAUAGCACAGGUUCUGUGAUGAGAGCACCCAAUUUCAAAUACUGGUUCUUCCACUUACUACUCAAGUGAACUUUGAUAAAUAAUUUGGUUUCUCUGUGCUUCAAUUUACAACUAAGUUACAAUGUACUAACGAUAGUGCCUAUUUCAUAGAGCUGUUCUGAAAAUCAAAAUAAUUCACAUGAAAGCCAUUGAAAUGGUACUUGGGAAGUAAUGAAUAAUCAGUAAAAGACGGUAUGAUUAAAAACAUCAAAAACAAUACCAAUAACAUAUUAAUUCUUUAUUGGGAGAGUCCAAUAUUUCCCCCAAAGAAAUUUAUCAGAGAAUAUACUGUGUUACAAAAAUCUAGAUCUUUCUGAGCUUGAUAUUUAGUUUUGAUUAAAUUUGAGAGCACCUGGAAAUUAA